AUUUACUCCAUUAAGAAAAACCCAAACGGCAAAACGCGAAAUCGCAUGUAAUUCGCAUGGGAAAAAAUUCUAGAAACAGUAAAAUCGAUCGAAACCAAAGGAUAUCCUUGCGACUAAAGGAAGUUAAGGACUUUUAGUCUGUAGCAUAUGUGAAAUUAAGCGUUUGUGAAUUGAAAAAAUAGUAAAUACUAUAUAUUGAAAACAAGCACAUUAUCUCAAAAGUAUAAUGCCAGCAUUGCCUAGCGGAGUUUAUGGCCAAGCGCAAGGCCCUUCAUGUUUUGAUAAAAUGAAGACAGGAUUCACGAUUGGUUUCUGUGUGGGCAUGGCAAGUGGAGCGCUCUUUGGCGGCUUUUCUGCUUUGCGAUACGGUUUGCGUGGCCGCGAGCUAAUAAACAAUGUGGGAAAAGUGAUGUUACAAGGUGGAGGCACAUUUGGCACUUUUAUGGCUAUCGGGACAGGCAUACGUUGCUAAAAGGAAAAGCGGUUUGGCAAAGCCAACAUAUUUUCGGAUUUUUUUUUCUUCUUAAUACUAUAUUAUAGUUAAUAAUUUUAUGAACGUAAUUUUACCCUAUAAACAUAGGUAUAUUGGAUUGUGUGCGCAUAUCGCCAUAAUAAAUAUUUUUGAAAAAUUA